ACUUUGACCAAGACAAAAGUCAGCCUAAAUUUUGUAAACUAAAAAAAAUUGGCUUAGGAGGCUUGCCGCCUGCACGAUUUUUUUAGAGAAUUUCGCGCGUCAGUCAUUUUUCUGAUCACAAGUUAAUGCACUAAAUCCUUAAAAUGGGUGCAUAUUUAUCAGAACCCGUUACUGAAAAAAUGUCUAGUGACGAAUUUAACGAAAAGCUUGAAUGCGGUGCAAGCUCCAUGCAGGGUUGGCGUGUCAACCAAGAGGAUGCACAUAACACUAUCUUGGACUUUGAUGAGCAUACAUCACUGUUUGCGGUGUAUGACGGUCAUGGUGGUGCAGAGGUAGCUACAUAUUGCUCACAAAAUUUGCCAAACUUUAUCAAAAACACAGAGGCAUACAAAAAUGGAGAUAUGAUUCAAGCCUUGAAGGAUGCCUUUCUUGGAUUUGAUGCUACUAUUGCCAGUAAAGAAGUUAUGGACAUAUUAAAAGAAUUAGCAGGUGAAAUAAACCCCCCAGGGCCGAGUGAUAAUGAAGAAUCAGAAGAUGAAAACAUUAGUAACCUCUAUAAAGAUGCAAGACUUCCACUACAGGAAGUAUUGGCGAAAUAUGAAAACAAGCUGAGCUCUCUCCAUCGCAAUAGGCUUGGUGAUACUACUACACCAAUGUCUCCCUGUUUACGCGCUAAGAAACAUGGAGAAGAGCCUGGUGGCUCAGGUGCUGGUGCAUCAAGUUCCAGUUCGGGCAUAGAUGUGGCUGGUUCAAGUUCAGAGCAAGUUGAAGAUGAGGCUACAUCCAGCAAGAAUGGCUCGUCUUUAGUGGAGGAAGGGUGUAAGACUGAAGAGGACUCUGGUGUAUCCUCAACAAAUUUAAAUGAAGAAGACAAGGAAGUGAAUGGAGAGGUAUCUACUACUGAUGACAAGGACAAAUCAGUUACAAUGGAAGUUGACAAGGUGGUUAACACUCCAGACAGUUCAGGGGAAAAUUGUAAUCAACCAGAACAGAGUGUUGAUUCCAAGGCACCAGGAAACGGUUCCACCACCUCAGAAGUGUGCAAUGGAGAAGUGACAAAUUCUAAGGUUGACGGAGAAAAUAAUAUAAGCUCCUCAAAUGGUUCCACAACACCUAAAUCUGUGUCAUCCAAAGAUAAAGCAUCACCGGUCUCGAGUUCAAAAGUAAUGCCUGAUAGACCAAAGAAAUCGAGUCUCAGGCGCGCCGCCGCUGCCGUCUAUGAGACACUGAGGCAGCAUUCGCCCGAUGAUGAUGAGGAAAGUGACUCCAACGACGAGACCUUCGAGGGCGGGGAGGUUGAUUCCUCUGAGGGAGAAAAUGUUAAUGGGGUUGAGGAUUCUUCUGAGGAUGGUGACGCGGAGGAUGAAGACGAAGAAGAGGAAUACGAAGUGGAAUCCAGCGACGAAGAUGGAGAGGAAGACAUCAAUAUGGCGGAAGAGCCUGGCAAUGACAGCGGCUGCACUGCUGUGGUGGCAUUGCUAAAAGGGAAUGAACUGUAUGUAGCGAAUGCCGGCGACUCCCGCUGCAUAAUAUGUAGAGAGGGCAAAGCGAUCGACAUGUCAGUUGACCACAAACCAGAAGACACGGCCGAACUCGAAAGGAUCACGAAGGCAGGAGGCAAGGUGUCAAACGACGGCCGAAUCAACGGAGGGCUAAAUCUUUCACGAGCCAUAGGAGACCAUUCGUACAAGCAAAACAAAGACCUGGACGCUAAAGAGCAGAUGAUCACAGCACUUCCAGAUGUUAACAUACUCACGAUAGAACCUGAGAAGGAUCAGUUCAUGGUGCUAGCUUGCGAUGGCAUUUGGAAUUUCAUGUCUAGUCAAGAUGUUUGCGACUUCAUCUUGCCCAGACUGGCUGAAGGAAGAGAGAGGCUAUCCCAGAUUUGUGAAGAGAUGUUUGACCACUGCUUGGCACCCAGUACAAUGGGAGAUGGCACCGGCUGUGACAACAUGACCGCAAUCAUUGUGCGGUUCAAGGAGGGCGUCAUCGCUGACAUUGGACAGUACACGAAUACCGAGGGCUCGAAAAAACGCGCUGCCGAGGAAGAGCCCAGUGAGGACCAGCAAGAGACAAAGAAGCAAAAGGUUGACGACGCCUUAUCGAGUUCGGACGUAACUUCAAGUGUUUAGAACUUUAGACCAUGAUUGUUUUAUACAGUGUUCUACAGACAAGUAUUGUUAAAUGGUAGAGACAUUCUAAUAAGAAAACUAUCAUAGGUUUUGCCCAGAUUUCGUGUAGCUGAUCGCAGAUUAUAUUAUAAGAAAUACAAUUUAUAAGGUGUGUUAAGUGGCCAGUCCGCACUUGGCCAGCUUGGUCAAAACCCUUUUCUGAGAGGAAAUCCGUGCUCUGUAGUGAACCGGCGAUGGGUUGAUCAUGAUGAUGAUUGUAAGAAAAUGUCUGUAGGGCCCUAAAUGUCAUUUAAUAAAAAGCAAUAUUCAGCUAGACGCUACCGUUAUUAUACGAGACAUCAGAUGAUGUCAUUCAUAUUACCGCCACUGAAUAAUGCAAUGUUUGCGCCGCAUGCAAAUUGUACAGCGCGUGUUAUA